CUUCGUGAUCCCCGCCCAGGUCACAUGUUUAGAAAGCUUGUCCAGCUGACUGAUAACAACAUUGCAGGCCGGUCGCUUAGGUAGCAGUAGGCAGGGUGGAGAAGCACGCCUACAACCAACUGUUUAAAAAAAAUUCUGUCAACAAACAGAAGCUACCUUUAACCAGUUGGUUUGCUACAUCACUUUUCAAGUAUUUCAACUUCAGGGUAGUCCGAAAUCGUAGUCGUCGAGCUUGGAAAGGGGGGAGGCUACCAGCGAGAGGCAGCUUUUAGGCUUGGUGGGAGAGGGAAACAUUCGCUAUAUCCUCGGACUGAACAUGGCAAUGUCCCUCAUCCAAGCCAGCCGCAGUCUAGCUCUAUCAACAUGGCUGCUAUCCUUUUGCUUCGUGCAUUUGCUGUGCCUGGACUUUACGGUGGCGGAGAAAGAAGAAUGGUACACCGCGUUUGUCAACGUUACUUAUGUGGAUCCCGUGACUUCAGAAAUCAAAACAGAGAAGACUGAGUGUGGAAGAUAUGGCGAGCACUCCCCCAAGAAAGAAGCAAGAGGGCAAGUGUUGAUGCCUUUGCUUUUGCAAGAGAGACAAGCUUGCGACCCGAACGCUAAGUAUCCCCUGCCUUAUCAAAACAAUGCUUGGAUGGCGUUGAUAGCUGCGGGGAAUUGUACAUUCAGAGAUAAAAUUCGCAACGUCGCUGCACUCCACAACGCAUCUGCAGUCAUAAUUUAUAACGUGGGCUCCACUAAUGUCAACGAUACCAUAACAAUGCCUCAUCAAGGUACGGGGGAUAUCGUGGCGAUCAUGAUUCCGGAACCCAAGGGUCGGGAGAUCGCUGCUCUACUAGAACGCAACGUCACGGUGACCAUGCACAUCACCAUAGGAACGAGGAACCUUCAGAAGUAUGUGAGCAGAACGUCGGUGGUGUUUGUCUCCAUCUCCUUCAUCGUCCUGAUGAUCAUCUCCCUGGCAUGGCUCAUCUUCUACUAUAUACAGCGGUUCAGAUACGCCAACGCUCGCAACCGCAAUCAGAGACGUCUCGGAGACGCAGCCAAGAAGGCCAUCAGUAAGCUCCAAGUACGAACCAUCAGGAAAGGAGACAAGGAAACGGAGUCUGACUUUGACAACUGUGCUGUGUGCAUCGAGGGCUAUAAAGCGAAUGAUGUUGUUAGGAUAUUGCCGUGCAGACACAUCUUCCAUAAAAGCUGUGUGGACCCCUGGCUUCUGGACCAUCGGACCUGUCCCAUGUGUAAAAUGAACAUCCUCAAAGCGCUGGGAAUACCACCCAACUUUGACUGUGGGGAUGACAUUCUGCCAGACUAUGAGAUGUCAGUGGGAGGCCCGCCCACCAACGCAGUCACAGGGGCCAGAGACAUCACGGUGAACGGGGAGGAGAGCUCGGUGGUGCUGGACACGGUGGACAUGGACAGGACUAUAGGGCUGCCUCAGGUCUACCACGACGCCCACGAGACACUACCACAGGCUGGGGACAGCCGACACAUUGCCAGCAGUGAGCACCAGCCCCCGCUGAGCAGCGACUCGGACACCUCCCUUAUCUUGGCUGUGGAGGUGGGUCUGUCCGACAUGGAGCUCUCCCUCGGGCACGACCGUGACGAGGUCAAGUCCUGAGCCAAUCAGAGCCAAGUAGGAAGGAAGCUCACGGGUUCGACAUGGAGAUGAGAAACGGGACCGAAGGGGCAGCGCCUGGCCCCCUGAUGGGAGGUAGUGGCUCCAAAUAAAUAAGAGACAAGCAAGCAAUAGAACCCAUAGCAGUGCAACACACCUAUCUGUCCCCACUGCCUCAUCUACAGGGUCCUCCUGUCCUUCCUCCCUUUUCUGACUGCUGUCACGUUCAGUACCCAUGGAAACCAGGCAGCCAAUCACAGCUCUUGUCAUUAGCCUCUGGACUGGGUGUAUAGUUUAGCACCUCUGUUAGUUGUCUCCAUGUCACCAUCACUUUAUUGACUCUUUGGACAUGUGACAUUUUGAUUUCUUUCUACGAGAUCAUCACUGCCAACGUAUCCCAGAAUGAAACACGGAAAUCUUUACACCUCGUUAUAGGAGUAUCUAUUUAUACUGUGUAUGGUCAAUAUAAGCCUCCUGCAGCAUGGGCUUUGAGUGUCGAAAAUAGUUAGUGCGUGUUCUGAGUGACCAGCAUUUACUUGUGGUAAACUUGAAGCUGAUGUUUUUUCACCAUCUCUGCUUGAAAUUAUUUCCAUAACAUUCAACACUGUUGGUAUUGUAGCAUUUAUACUAUGCACAUGUUGUCAAGCAUUUCUGAAUAUCCGAUUGUUAAAUUGCAUCUUUAUCCUUAAUUUAGGGGUCUUUAGGACUAUCGUUUAUUUCCACUUCUGAAGUACUGUACACCAUGUGUUGUGGGGAUCAACUACGAGUUUGUUUUACCACACCAGUUGACAAUCACAGCCCACAGUAAUGGAGAUUUGUAGUGAUGACAUCAGCUACAGCCCUGUUUCAAACUGCUAAAGCUUUAUUAGCACCGCCAGUAACACCGCACAGGAGGCAAUAGUAGUGGCUGUUUGUUCAUGAAGAACAGAUGGGAAUUUAAUUCCAUUUUAAUGUCAUGUCAUCUCCCAGUCGAGCCACCCAAUAGCAUGUGGUGAAAUCUUCUGUUACCUAACAUAACGUGUGUCUGCAGUGAUGUGCAUUUGCUCUGUGCCAAGUUCUUGCAGUUUUUGUUUUUUGUAUUGAUGUUGCUUCUGUUUCUAGAAGCCAAAGCAAGAUGGCAUUGUGGGUGUUGUUGAGUUCACCCAUUGGUUGGAUAGUGAAAAGCACAUCGAAGUUGUCUGUUGAUAAAAGUAAAUGACAUUUGACUAUAUCUGAACUCGGUGUAUUAGAUAGCCCCUAGUCUGAGACAUCCCAGACCUAGGGCAACCGCACUAGUAUGCUGGAACAUUGGUACAUUGUGGGAAGCAACUGGUCCAUCUAGAGAGACUAGAUAGCCCCUUGGUGAAGGAAUACCAUGCAUUGGUUGUGGCUUUGGUUGACUGUGAAUUCAUUAUGAAAGAGUUGACUAAACCCUGUUGCAGAUAGUUUGUACCUCCUUAGUCAUUUCUUCUGAGGAUAAAAUGUUUUCUUUUUUUCCUAUGAUGAAUUCCAAAAUGGCAGUUUUUUUUGUACAUUCGUCGUGUAGGGAAACGAAAGUCUGACGAACAGCAUUUAUUUUAGUAUGAAAAUAAGUUUAUUUUUGUAAGAAAAAGAAAAUGGAGGUAAAUGUUUACAGUCCAGGAGAAAUGGAGUAAGAGAAUAGUUGCCUGGUUUCAAGAGCUCACUGGUAAUGCUAAUGCAUUUUGAAUUACAUGUAUUAAUUCAUGGUUUAUGUCCUUCCUCCCCCGAUUUUGAUUACUGCUCUGUUUGUAUCAAAGGCCAUUUUUUUAUUUGAGUUUGAUUCCUGUCUCUUUUGGAGUCCCCUCAAGGUUCUCAACACAUUAAUUUAUUUACAAAUGUGUACUUUCAUCCUUAACAUAUGAUAAUCUUAUAUUACUUUAAUAUGCAACUUAGAUUAGAUUUUCGGGCUAAAAUCUGCAUGAAAUGGCACAAGGCCACUGUUUUCAUGGAGCAUCUACUAUUUGAUACUGCGUUUCUCUUUAAUCAUUGGAAUCUUUAGGCCGCCAACCAAUCAACAACCAAUCAACUCCCAGUUAUGUAAGAAGCUCAUAUUACCCAUAACCCCCACAUGUCCAUGUCAAUUAGAGAAGGAUUACAGAAUCUAUGGGAGAAUGUUGAAAUCUCCCAUGCUUAUGCAUUAGGUACAUCUGUAUGCCCUCCUAGUGUGUCAGACUCCUUACAUUUAGCUUUGUUUUGCAGUAUCAGUUUGUGAAAUACACUACAUUUGUGUGAUUAAUAUUGUAUAAGCGUCAUAAAUGUAUAUUUGAUUAAUCGACUGAAUGGAGACUGAAGAGUGAUGCAUUGAACAUGCCUCAGUUAAAAGCAUAUUCUUCUCAGUUAUGGUCACUUUUUGCGUUCCGAUUCUCCACACUUCUCACUAAGUGUGCACACUUCACGUAAUGGAUUUUAUAAUGGUGGAAACGCCCUCCAGCCAAUGUUUACACAAAUCCAGUGCUUUUAAAUCAGUGAUGGGAACUGCACGGUAUGGGAGAAGGGAAGAGAAUGAGGAUUGAGUCAUGGAGGUGUUAAGUGCGCCACCAUAACUCAUGGUAUCCUUGGCCAGAAUACUAGAGAUCCAUUAAAAUAUGCUAGUCUCAUCUAGCCUCUCCACACACAGCUAUACAGUUGAUACUAUGGGCUGAGGGCCCUAGAAACAACUAACAGCAUUUGAUUUCCCUCUGGGGGUUGGUUUCACACACACACCACACCACACAGUUUCCAUGUGCCCAUUUGUUUGUAUUGCACAGGGGGACAAGAUAAGAGGAAGCAAUUAAGCUCGGGGGGCAUUUUGUACCAGAAGGAGGGUUUUGAUAGGUACUGAUUGUACUGUGUGUGUUUGUCUGACAUCUUCACUUGUGUGAAGCCAGAACAUUUAAAAGCCUUUAAUUGCUUCCUGUUUCAUGUAAGGGGUCGUGUUUAAUUGACUUCACUUCCUGAAAGGUCAUUCUCUCAUUCUCAAACUUCUUACGUCCACUUAUUCCAACAACUCUUUUUUUAAUGACCAUGAAGAAGCAAUGGCCUUGAUUUGAACGUAAUUUGAAUGAAUAUCUGUGAUAUUCGUAAUGAACACAUAGAAACCGCCGUGUUCUUCCAAAUAUAAAGUAAUGAAUGCACAUAUUAUAGUCUUAUAGUAGGUUAUAGUUUACCCCAAUGAUGGUAUAAUUAUGUCAGGUAUACAUAAGAUUACAUAAUAGAAACUCAUCAUUUAAAUAUAGCUUUUAGUUCCCUGUCUUUAACUGGUUGUGUACUACCUAGAAUGCACUUUUUCACUUGAAGGAGAGUUCUGUAUACUACAACGAAAUGGCACAAAACAUCUUUUGAAUAAGGUUGACCUUAAAUGCGGUUGACAGUUGACACAACCAUGUUUUUAAGAGAGAGGGCUACAAUAUUGGAAAUGGCACAUUACAUAAUUGUCACUGUAUAUGUGCUGUUUAAGAGUCUGUGUUAUUUUAUCUAGACUUGUAUACCAGCUGUGGGUUUGGGGAAUGUUAUGAAAAUGUUAUGCUAUAUCUAGCAGAACUCUACAGUAUUGCUAUUUUGUUAUAUAGAGGAAUAUGUAAAUAUUUUUGGCAGUGUUAAUGAUAUACAGUACAGUUCUAUAGUACAAUGUUGCAUGUGUGUGAGUCAAUGAUUGUGAGGUACAAUACAUUUUAUUGCAAGUUUUUCCAACUGUGGUGAAGCUGUCUGGUUUCUAUUUCGUUAUUGUCAAUAAUGUCUAUGUCAACCCUCUCUGAUACCGUUAGGGUGAGCCAAUGCUAUUGAAAUGAUUUAUUCUGACAUGAUUCAUUGGCCAAUAUGUAAAUAACCAUCAUAUGUUCCAACGAUAUAAGCUGGUCUCUGCUGUAUCGUUACGAUAUGCACACUAGCAUACUACACUACAUGGCCAAAAGUAUGUGGACACUUUCAAAUGAGUGGUUUCUGUCACACCCAUUGCUGACGGGUGUAUAACAUCGAGCACCCACCCUUGCAAUCUCCAUAGUCAAACAUUGGCAGUAGAACGGCCCAUACUGAAGAGCUCAGUAACUGUCAACGUGGCGCCGUCAUAGGAUGCCACCUUUCCAACAAGUCAGUUUGUCAAAUGUCUGCCUUGCUAGAGCUGCCACGGUCAAUUGUAAGCCUAUGAUCACAAUGCCAAGCGUCGUCUGGAGUGGUGUAAAGCUUGCCGCUAUUGGACUCUGGAGCAGUGGAAAUGCGUUCUCUGGAGUAAUGAAUUAUGCUUCACCAUUUGGCAUUUGACGGACAAAUCUGUGUUUGGCGGAUGCCAUCGCACCCUCUCACAUAGCAUUGUAAUUUGAGCCACCUAAUACAAUUAGUUACACUUUUUUAUUUAACGAGGCAAUUCAGUUAAGAACAAAUUCUUAUUACAGUGACGGCUUACCCCGGCCUAACCCAGACGAUGCUAGGCCAAUUGGGCACCGCCCUAUGGUACUCCAAAUCACCGCCAGUUGUGAUUAAGCCUGGAAACAAACCAGGGUCUGUGGUGACGCCUCUAGCACUGAGAUGUAGUUCCUUAGACCAGUGCACCACUCAGGAGUCCGACACAUAAGAAUGGCUUUCUGGAAAGGAGAACCAGGUGGGAACUUUUAGGGCACUCAUGGGAGGACAGGGAUACUUCUAGUGGAAAGAAUGAGAGAUAAUUAUGUUUUAGUACUACUUAGCCUACAUUGGAACACCGCUAAAACUCAUGUGUAAGUGAUUACUGUUAAGAUAUUUUAUCAAGGUUUAACAUGAAUGAUUAAAUAAUUCUACUCAGAAACUUAACCAGUAGGGAUUAGAGGUUAUGUAGCAUGGAUAAGGGGUAAUUGGAAAUGAUAACCAUUGUGGAAGAAGGAAUGUAUGUGUGUGUGUCUAAAGUAAGCAAAGAGGUCAUUAACCUAUGUUUGAACCGACUCAGCUUUAACUCUGUGGCGAUCAAAUAAGACAGCGAGAGCCCCUCCAGGUUUUCCUUAUCUGGAACUGUCUGCUAAGUGGUAAUAAACUAUGGUGAGACAUCAGGAGUUAAUCCAGAGACAGUGUGUCAGGUAUGGGUGCUAGUGAGUUGGAAUUAACUUUUGAACCUGCUUUGUCCUGGUCGAGAGGAGGAGAUACAUGUUAUAACCUAUGACGUCAUAUGUGAUAUAUAAGCUGUUGUACAUGGUUCUAUGAGCAGCGCUCUCGAGAAUAAAUGCUAUUGGCUCAUUUUGGUAGACUGGCCUCUUUCUAUUUUAUGCAAAUAAGGAUCUUACAAAUUCUUAGAAACAGACAGUGAUUUUAAUUGAAUUGGUUAAUGAACACAUAUAGGAAUUGUUAAAUUCCUUUGACAAUUUGGUCCUUCGCGCGGAUUUCCAAAAUCUGUCCCUGUCGUCCGAAGGUAGCACGCCGAAAACAGGCCGGUAUAAUAUCUAAGGCCAACAGAGACGGUGACGGAAUCUCACAAACAUUGCUUUUCCCAGUAUACAAGACAAUGGUAAAUGGUCUUUAUUCUCGAAUUUGGGGGGAAUGAUUUAAGAUAUCUUUGAUUUGAUGUUCUAAAAAUGUUUAGAAUUGAUCAACAAUAGGAGCUUCAUUAUUCCAAACAGAUAAACAGGGUUUUGUAUGACCAUUAUACACAGUUGUAACAGGUCCGCGAUGACCUGAGGUAAGCUGCGCUACCAUAAAUAAAACUAAACUUAAUAACAGAGGCCCAUUCGCCUGAGAUUAAGCCGGGAUACUAAAUGGGUGUUGUUAGGUAGGACGGAUGUCUUGUACAAAUAAUAACUAACAGGAUAAUUUAACCUACUCAACACUUGGAUAGUGUCCAAAAAGUAGGAGAGGGAAGCCUAAAGUAGUGAAUGGAGAUACGAGAUAUUGGUGUACUUUAAAAUUCCUCCGACACAACCUGAAAUAAGAGGUUAACUAGGGAUUUAUGACCCCUGGGUAAUGGCUUAUAGUUGUAUAGGUAUGACCUAAUAUCCGAUCGACAGUCAACGCUAUAGAUAAAGUUUCCAGAAAGGAGAAAACACAAAUAGAAAUCCAUACACAUAGAUGGUAAGCAUUUAAUGGCUUGAAUAUGCCUUCAAUUGAUACAGACUCCCAUGACUGUCUAGAAGAAGAAUUUACGCCUGAGGAGAUUGCAACAGCAGUGCCCGCAAUGAAAAGUGGUAAAUCAACGGGUCCGGACUGUUUUCCAACCAAAUUUUACAGGACGUCUUCUGGUCUGCUUUGCCCAUACUUGUCUCGACUGUUUGCAGAGUGCCUUAAUACUUCAAAGCUACCACCUAGUCAUUAUCAGGCUUCAAUUACAUUACUAUUAAAGAAAAACAAAGACCCCCUGGAAUGUGGAUCCUAUCGCCCAAUCUCGCUUUUAAACUGUGAUUACAAAAUCCUAGCUAAGCUUUUAGCCAUCCGUAUGGAAGGCUUGCUGCACCAAGUAAUACACUCUGACCAGACUGGCUUUGUGAGAAACUGGCAUUUAUUUUUCAAUAUUAGGCGCCUUAUGAAUAUACUGUACUCCCCAGCGUCGGAGGACCCGGAGGUGGUGGUCUCACUUGAUGCGGAAAAAGCAUUUGACCGCGUUGAGUCGGAUUACCUAACAGCUGCCCUUUAUAGAUUUGGCUUUGGCCCAAAAUUCAUUGUGUGGAUAAAGAUUCUUUAUUUUUCUCCCAUGGCUUUGGUACGGACUAAUAACUUGUCCUCUGACUAUUUUCCCUUGCAUUGCGGAUCCAGACAGGGUUGUCCACUCUCCCCCUUGUUGUUUGCUUUGGCAAUUGAGCCUCUCGCCAUUGCACUACGCUCUAAUGAUGCCAUUCAAGGUAUAACCAGGGCGGGCUUGGAGCAGAAAGUCUUGCUAUAUGCUGACGACCUCCCUCCCUCUCCAACCCCGAUACCUCAUUGCCACGUGCGCUAUCUGUUCUUAAAAAGUUUGGAUCAAUCUCAGGGUACAAGCUGAAUCUAGGCAAGAGUGAGCUUUUUCUGGUAAACAAGGCUGUUUUAAAGUGCUCUUUUACAAAUUCUCAGUUUAGGAUUGUCCGGGAUCAAUUCACCUACUUGGGAGUUAAAGUGACAAGGAAAUAUUCCAAUUUGUUUCAGGAAAACUUUGUUGCUCUAGCAGACAGUUUGAAACAAUCUUUUACUUUUUGGAAUUCGCUACCCCUUUCUCUUAUCGGAAGGAUUAAUGUCAUUAAAAUGACUGUGUUGCCCAAAUGUUUAUAUUUAUUUAAAUGUUUACCCAUUUUUAUUCCAAAAUCUUUUUUUAUUUCACUGGAUCAAACAUUCAUGCAUUUUAUUUGGGAUGGCAAGGUACCACGGAUUGGUAGAAAACAUUUACAGAAGCCUAGGUCAUUGGGGGGUUUAGCUCAACCAAAUUCUCAGACAUACUACUGGGCUGCAAAUUUCAGAGCCGUUCUGUACUGGCUGCAGACAGAUCCUACUGGCCCUAGACCACUCUGGGUCCAGAUAGAGUCUGAAUCGUGUAAACCUGCAGCACUUUCCUCUGUGUUGUGCUCGUCUCUCCCAGUGUCCCUAGGCAAAAGGUGUGUCAACCCAAUUGUAAAGCAGUCUCUUAAAAUGUGGAAUCAGUUCCGUUUAGCCUUUAGCCUCCGAGGCUGUUCUCUAUCAGGCCCAAUCAAUCAGAACAUUUUAUUUCCUCCAUCUUUGAAUGAUGGGGCUUUUGGCAUUUGGCACUCACUAGGCCUCUCCUCGCUAGCCCAAUUAUUUUUUUGAUGAUACAUUUGCCUCUUUUUCUCAGCUGCAGGAAAGGUUAAAUCUCCCCCAAUCCCACUUUUUCCGCUAUCUCCAGACUAGAAACUUUGUCAGAGCUAACACACCUGGAUUUCCCCAUAGGCCUGCGAACACAGCUAUAGAGAGCAUCUUGGAGCUGAACAAGCUUCCUAGGGGCACAAUUUCAGAUGUAUAUGCAAUCAUUCAUGACCUACAGAACCCUUCUUCUUCUUCUUUCUUUCUUUCUUUAAAGACUUGAUGGGAAAAGGAUUUGGGGGAGGAACUUGGGGAAGACGCCUGGGAAUCUGUGCUGCACAGGGUGCACUCGUCCUCUUUUAGCACUAGAUACAGCCUCAUUCAAUUCAAGGUGGUUCACCGUAUCCACUGGUCGGGGGCCAAACUUGGAAGAAUAUUCUCUGAUUUUGAUCCUACCUGUGUCAGAUGUAAAGUGGAACCAGCCACACUGUUGCAUAAGUUUUGGGGCUGUCAUAAACUGUCAGGUUUCUGGGAAUUAAUAUUUAAAUAUUUCUCUGAUAUAUAUGACACUGUUAUAGAUCCGUCUCCCCUUAAAGCCCUUUUUGGAGUACUGCCCAUAUGUACCCCCCUAUCAAGAAUCCAGUCGGACACUGUUGCUUAUACAACUCUUUUGGCUAGACGGCUAAUACUACAGAACUGGAAGAUGGCAGCUUAUAAAUAUCUUAUAAAUAUUGGGUGAGAGAUGUGUUGUGCUCUCUGAAACUAGAAACAUUUCAAUUCAAUUCACCGUGGGAACCCCAAACUGUUUAAUGAGGCUUGGGCUCCAUUCUGGUCUUACUUUAAACAGUCCAUUACUCUGAAUGGCAUUCCAAUUAAAUACAUUAAAAUUAAAUACAUUUCGUUCACACCUACAUGAAUAAUCAUUUUUUUAAAUUUAUUUUAAAGCAUUGUAAACUUUAUUUUUGGUCCAGUGGAUGGUUGGUUUGUGGCCAUGACUGUCUGUGAGUGGUUGCAUUUCUCCACCCUUAUCCCUUGACUGUUUACAGGAACAAUGGUGAGGUGUUUGCUCUGUCCCUGUACUAUAGAUUGCCCUUUAACCUUUGUAGCCUUCUGCCUGGUGUGUUUAACUUGUCUAAAGUAUGGUAUCUUUAAAGCUAUUUUUUUAUUUGUAUUUUUUUUUCUAGUUGAGUAUAUUAUUCAUAUUGCUUUGUGUUGUCCUGUCUGUGUGUGUGUGUGUAAAACUUAAUAAACAGAGUUUAAAAAAAGAAGAAAAAAAAUAAAAUACAUAUCCUUGCUUCUGGCGCUGACCUACAGGCAGUUAGAUUAGGGUAUGUCUUCAGGCGAAAUUUGAGAACAAAGGGAUGCAGCCAUAACAGGUUAACCUAUGUUUGAACCGACUCAGCUUUAACUCUGUGGCGAUCAAAUAAGACAGCGAGAGCCCCUCCAGGUUUUCCUUUUCUAGAACUGUCUGCUAAGUGGUAAUAAACUAUGGUGAGACUUCAGGAGUUAAUCCAGAGACAGUGUGUCAGGUAUGGGCUCUAGUGAGUUGGAAUUAACUUUUGAACCUGCUUUGUCCUGGUCGAGAGGAGGAGAUACAUGUUAUAACCUAUGACGUCGUAUGUGAUAUAUAAGCUGUUGUACAUGGUUCUAUGAGCAGCGCUCUCGAGAAUAAAUGCUAUUGGCUCAUUUUGGUAGACUGGCCUCUGUCUAUUUUAUGCAAAUAAGGAUCUUACAAAUUCUUAGAAACAGACAGAGUGAUUUUAAAUGAAUUGGUUAAUGAACACAUAUAGGAAUUGUUAAAUUCCUUUGACCAUUACACUGAACAAAAAUAUAAACGCAACAUGUAAAAUGUUGAUCCCAUGUUUCAUGAGCUGAAAUAAAAUAUUCCAAAUGCUCCAUAUGCACAAAAAGCUUAUUUUAUUGAUUAAACAGCAUGAUCAUUACACAGGUGCACCUUGUGCUGCAGUCAAUGUUACCCAUUGAGUGUGUUUGGGAUGAUCUGGAUCGACGUGUCAGCGUCGGAUCAGCGUGUUCCAGUAUUCAGCAACUUCGCACAGCCAUUGAAGAGGAGCGGGACAACAUUCCACAGGCCAAAAUCAACAGCCUGAUCAACUUUAUGCGAAUGAGAUGUGUGGCGCUGCAUGAGGCAAAUGUUGGUCACACCUGAUAUGGACUGGUUUUCUGAUCCACACCCUUACCUUUUUUUAAAGCUAUCUGUGACCAACAGAUUCAUAUCUGUAUUCCCAGUCAUGUGAUAUCCAUAGAUUAGGGCCUAAUGAAUUUAUUUCAAUUGACUGAUUUCCUUAUGUGAACUGAAACUCAGUAAAAUUGUUGAAAUUGUU